AGUCCGUCCCGCCUGCCCAGUCAGCGCUGGGCCCUCCGCCCGGCAUUCGGAUCCCCGCGCCGCCGCCCAGUGGGAUGCGGGAGCCCCUGUUUCCGGGGAGCAGAAAGGCAGGCGGGGUGAGGGGCGUUGCCAGGCGGCGAGCGAGCGCCGCGGUUGGGGAGCCGAGGACGGCAUGUCCCGGGCCCCGGGGGAGCAGCCGAGCCCGCCGCCCUCCGUGUACCACGAGCGGCAGCGCCUGGAGCUGUGCGCCGUGCACGCGCUCAACAACGUCCUGCAGCAGCGGCUCUUCAGCCAGGAGGCGGCCGACGACAUCUGCAAGAGGCUGGCGCCAGACUCCCGGCUGAACCCCCAUCGCAGCCUCCUGGGCACCGGCAACUACGACGUCAACGUGAUCAUGGCCGCCCUGCAGGGGCUGGGCCUGGCCGCCGUGUGGUGGGACCGCAGGAGGCCGCUGUCCCAGCUGGCGCUGCCGCAGGUGCUGGGGCUCAUCCUCAACCUGCCGUCGCCCGUGUCGCUGGGGCUGCUGGCGCUGCCGCUGCGGCGCCGACACUGGGUGGCGCUGCGCCAGGUGGGCGGCGUCUACUACAACCUGGACUCCAAGCUGCGGGCGCCCGAGGCGCUGGGGGACGAGGCCGGCGUCAGGGCCUUCCUGGCGGGCGCGCUGGCCCGGGGCCUGUGCGAGGUGCUGCUGGUGGUGACCAAGGAGGUGGAGGACUCGGGCUCCUGGCUGCAGGCCGCGUGACAGACACACAGACAGAGACAGAGACCCGGCCAACACCAGCGCCGCUGCUGCCUCAAUAAAGCUGCCAACCCGC